AUGGAUAUCAACUCCUUCCGUCAAGCAGCGCGAUCAUACAUCAACAGUAUCUCUUUAGGACAGCCGCUAGACGAUAGAAGAGUUUUGCAACUCACAUACCCUGGAGAAAUCGAGCUGCCAGGCCUUGCAAAGAUCCUUGCUCUUGAACAGCCCCCGGGAAAUCAGCAGGAACUAUUGGAGAACGUAUUGAUACUAGAAGACUUCAUCAAGUAUACAAUACGCCCUGCAGGCAGCGACCCUGUGGAAACGAGUACUGAAGUCAUCAAAUACUUAGUAAAUAAUUCAUUGCCACGAUCGGGUUUUCUAGACCCUUUGCCGUAUAGCCAAGACGAAGAGUUGCACCUGACAGAAAAGGACAUCGCUUGGUUCUAUGUAUUGAGUUACAGGACUUUUCUGUGUUUGAAACACUUUCAGCCUCCAUCGCUCGACGCCGAGGAUAAUACUUUAAUCUUACGCGUCGGUUUCCUAGCUUCAUACACAGAUCUGAAUGACCCUUGGACUUCUGCUAUUCUUCACAAGAAGUCAACCGAGCUUCUCAAAGACUCGUUUCAAUUUUACACAAGCAAAGCAUGGAAAAACCUGCUCACCGGGUUGUUGGAGGUAAAAGUCAAGCCAGCAUUUGCAGUCAAGAACCACCCCAAAAUCACAAAAUCAGCCCGUAAAGUCAUAGGUAUGGGCGAAACAAGGGCCACAUUAGCUGGCGAAGAUAUCAUGAUAAAGCCAUGGAAAUUCGACGAGGUUUUCGUUCCAACGAUUCUGCGAUGGGUUUUGCUUCAGCUCGAGCAAGUAGAUACUACAUUCAUCGAGGCCGUCUGGCCGCUCAUUGUUCCCCCAAUACUCACCUUGAUCGACGACACGUCGAUCAAGUACAAGAUUGCCGGUUGCAGCGAUCUCGCAGUACUUCUACAAAUGAGACCCUUUGCAAUGCUUAAUCGUACUGGACUAGGUGAAGUUUUCGAAGAUGCCGUUAUGCCUUGUCUCAUGUAUUUGCCAACUUUAGAGAAGGAGGUAGACUCUGUUGCCCUUCUAAAAGAGGCUUACCCUGCUAUCAUUCGAUUAGGUUGUGAGCGCUUCCCCACGACUGAGCAUCAAGACUUACGAAUGCGCUCCUUAGACAGGAUCAUGCGAUAUGGCAUUCUGAAGGGUUAUGCGCAUGCUGGGGAAUACGCGAGAAUUGCAGAGGUCCUGAUCACGCAGGUCAUCGAGCUUGUGAAGCAGAUGGGCAUACAUGUAGUCCGACACGCAAAGAGCACAUUGACCUUCGUUUGGCCUCGAAUGGCGUAUUAUAGAGUGAACGUUUUAGAAUCCUUGGUACUUUGCUGGCUUAGAGUUCGAGGCGAUGAAGCAUCAUUCGCGCACAGCAAGCCGAUUCACAACGAGAUCAAGGCUACCCUUUCUCUAGUCGCGGCUUUGAUGCCGAAAGACGUAGAUUUUUUCUCAGAGUUCAGAGAGCUAGUACAGAGUGAUCCUAGACUGGAGGAACUGUUAAUAGACGAUGGCUGGCGAGAUUCAUGGUAG